AUGUGGAAGUCCCCUGCUCCAGCCGGCGCCCGAGACCCAGUUUCCCGGCCCCGCCCAGCGGAGGAUGCCAGGGGACUAGGGAUUGGUAAGCGCUUGCUCGCCGGCCCAGGUGCUGCGCCGCACACGUCCGCCAGGGGCCGCUCGAGCUACCCAAAUUUGGCGCGCGAAGCGGGCUACACCCCCGCGCUUGCGCACCGGGAGCCUCUGAAGCCUCGCCCCCCUCCAGCCUCCGGCCACUGCGCCCCUAGCGGCUGCCUCAGCUCAUCACGAUAUUGUACGAUUUCUGGUUCGGUUAGAUGCCUACAGUUAGAAGAAGACUUUCCAGAAAAGGCCGACUUGAAGAAUGAUCAUUGUCCAGAUGCUGAUAGAUUUGCAUCUGCUGGUGAUGAUGGACUUGUAGUUGUCUGGAAUGCCCAGACAGGAGAGAAACUUUUGGAACUCAAUGGACACACUCAAAAGAUAACAGCUAUUACUACAUUUCCUUCCUUGGAGGCAUGUGAAAAAAAAAAUCAGCUCAUCUUGACAGCCUCUGCUGACAGAACAGUUAUCGUAUGGAAUUGUGAUACUGGCAGACAAGUUCAGAAAGUAUCAUCCUUCCAGUCUACUGUAAAGUGUUUAACUGUUCUUCAAAGACUAGAUGUUUGGCUCUCUGGUGGGAAUGACCUAUGUGUGUGGAACCGAAAAUUAGAUCUCCUGUGUAAGACUAGCCACCUCUCUGAUACAGGGAUCAGUGCUUUGAUUGAAAUACCUAAGAACUGUGUUGUGGCAGCAGUUGGCAAAGAACUGAUAAUUUUCAGGUUGGUAGCACCAACAGAAGCAUCACUAGAAUGGGAUAUUCUUGAAGUUAAGCGCCUCCUUGAUCACCAGGAUAAUAUUCUCUCUUUGGCUAAUGUCAACGAUUUGAGUUUCGUAACUGGCUCCCAUGUUGGAGAGCUGAUCAUCUGGGACAUCCUGGACUGGACCAUGCAGGCCUGUGAACGCAACUUCUGGGACCCAUCUCCACAGCUGGACACUCAGCAAGAAAUAAAACUCUGUCAAAAACCAAAUGACAUUUCUAUUCAUCAUUUCACAUGGGAUGAAGAGAAUGUAUUUGCAGCAGUUGGAAGGGGUUUAUACGUGUAUAACCUUCAAAUGAAGCGUGUGAUUGCCUGCCAGAAAACUGCACACGACUCCAGUGUCCUGCACAUUGCCAGGCUUCCAAACAGGCAGUUAAUCUCAUGCUCAGAAGAUGGCAGUGUACGCAUUUGGGAGUUACGAGAAAAACAGCAGCUUGCAGCUGACCCUGUACCAACAGGCUUCUUUAACAUGUGGGGGUUUGGAAGAGUGAACAAGCCAGCCGGCCAGCCUGUGAGAAAGCAGCAGGAAAAUGCCACCUCCUGUUCGCUGGAGCUCACUGGAGAUUUGAUUGGACACUCGUCAUCUGUAGAGAUGUUUCUGUACUUUGAAGAUCAUGGACUGGUGACGUGCUCUGCCGAUCACCUCAUUAUUUUGUGGAAAAAUGGAGAACGAGAAUCUGGAUUGCGCAGCUUAAAGUUGUUUCAAAAACUAGAGGAGAAUGGUGACCUAUACCUUGUCGCCUAGUUUAAGGAACUUAGAAUACAUAUGCAUGAGCUCCGAACAUCAACUACAGGGGAAUACUCUGGAAACCAUUCACAUGCAGUCACUUAAAUGUGUAUUGUUGUUCUUGUCACUAUAAAAUUCUGAUUGUUUGAAUUCUCUUUUUGUGGGCACACAAACCAGCAACAAGUUGUUUCUUACGCGUGAGUGGAUCCACCAAAGAAUAUAACGCAAGUAUUUGAGUAGUGGAUUUUCAAAAAGAGAAGUUUUCAGAUCAUACUACAAAUAUCUGUUGAUAAAGAAUUAAAUUAUACCAUUGUGUCCUUAUAGACAAUUAAAAAUUUUUUACACCAGAAA